AUGACUUCCAAGAACACGGCGUACAAUACCACGGCCACCUAUGAGGAUGAGUCUCAUCAGAUCAUCUCUUCGUACUUCAUUGGGCCCCAAGCCGAGAACCUUCCAUACUUCAAGAAAAACAUCAACAUCAUUCUAGAUGAACUCGAGAGUGCGCGAAAGAGUUAUUACCCUGAAGAUGGAAAUUUCAUCGAUGAGAAGACACAGAACACGCCUGCUUUCCGCAAUUCCAUGGACAAGCUCCAGAAUGCCGUUCGGAAGGCCUCCAACAUCUUGGGCAAGUCAAGCAUACCAUUCUGGUCCCCUCGUUAUGAAGCUCAUAUGUGCACUGACCUGACCAUGCCUUCAAUGCUGGGAUACUUCAUGACGAUGCUCUAUAAUCCAAACAAUGUCGCGUUCGAAGCCAGUCCACUAUCAACCUUGGCAGAGAUAGAAGUGGGCGAGCAGUUGUGCGAUCUCUUUGGUUACAACAUCAAGGAGGACAACACCGAAGCGCCUACUUCUUGGGGCCAUGUGACCUGUGAUGGCACCGUUGCCAAUCUGGAAUCCAUGUGGGUCGGUAUGAACCUGAAGUUCUAUCCCCUAUCGCUUCGCAAGGCCUUUGGGAAUGGCGAGGCACUCAACUUCCUGUCGGAGGCUUUCAAAGUUGAGACUUGCAAGGGUGAAACAAAGUUGUUCACUGAUCUAUCGACCUGGGAUCUGCUCAACUUGAAGCCAUCCGAUAUUCUUGAUCUACCUGAUCGACUAUAUCAGGAGCACGGGGUGUCCAAUGCAUUCCUUUCAGAUGUAAUGAAGAAGUUCACCAUCCAGUCCACUGGAAAGGAUGAGUUGGAGCGAGAGUUUGGGCUUGAACUACCAGGCCAAUACAUGUUGUCGAAUACCAGGCACUACUCUUGGCCCAAGGGUGCUGCAAUUAGCGGCUUGGGCUCCGAUAAUGUCAUCGGCAUUCCAGUUGAUGCAGGAGCUCGCCUGGAUUUGGGCGCGUUGGAGAAGAAAUUGCAGGAGAAUCUUGACAAAGGACAGCCCGUUUAUGCGGUGGUUGCUAUCAUAGGUUCCACGGAGGAGGGUGCCGUGGACUCUCUCAGCGGUGUUCUAUCCCUGCGCAAGCAAUUCCAAGCGAAAGGAUUAUCUUUUGUUGUUCAUGCCGACGCUGCCUGGGGUGGAUAUUUCUGCUCCAUGUUGCCAAAGGACUAUCGGCCUGGAGAUGUCAUGAAUCUUCCCACUGACAUGGGUGCGGCCGAUGGCUUUGUGCCGGAUGCGACACUUCGUGCCCAGACUCAGGAUGAUUUGUUCGCCAUGCGCUUUGCCGACUCCAUUACUGUUGACCCCCACAAAGCAGGCUACAUCCCUUAUCCAGCUGGUGGCCUUUGCUACCGUGACAAUCGUAUGCGGUUCUUGGUCACCUGGACGAGUCCUUACUUAUCGCGAGGCUCGGUCACCAGCAUUGGCAUCUACGGUGUCGAAGGAAGUAAACCCGGUGCCUCUGCGGUUUCGACGUGGUUGUCAAAUAGGACAAUUGGUCUUGAUGCCGAAGGCUAUGGUGCCUUACUUGGAGAGGUUACUUGGACUUGCAGCAGGCUGUCAGCAGAGUGGGCAGCUUUGACAGACUCCGAAAGUCCUUUCGUCUGCGUGCCUUUCAACAUGCUCCCAUCUGAGCUUGAGCCGAAUGCAACCGAGGAGAAGAUCGAGGCCGAGAAGAAGCGUAUCAGGGAUGAGAUUGUCAAAAAGACGAACGCUUCCAUUAUUGCCGAAGAUGAAGCCAGACCGGAUGACGAAAAGGUCAUGAAACUCCUGAGAAGUCUGGGUUCAGACCUGAACAUCAACGCCUUCGCGCUGAACUUCCGCUACGAAGACGGACGCUUGAACGAUGAUAUCGAAGAGGCCAACUACCUCAUGCAGAGAGUCAUUGAGGCCCUUUCUGUUGACAGCCCAGACGAUGAUCCCACCCAGAUUCCUCUCUUCUUGACUUCCACCGAAUUCUCAGACGAACUGUACGGAGAGUGCAAGGCAAACUAUGUCAAGCGGCUCGGCCUAGAGCAGAGUUCACAAGACUUGAUGGUGUUGCGAAACGUCGUCAUGUCCCCAUUCCCUACUGACGGCAACUUCACAAAUCAACUCGCCGACAUCUUCUAUGAUGUCGUCGCGAAGGAGACUGAGAUCGUCCGCAAGCGCAACACACCGGCGCCGGAUUUCCACAGCUUCCUCAUUCAGGGCACAGAGGAGAUCUUCCUGAUCCACCUGCCUAUGUUCCAUGUGGCGAACCAUCGACAACAACUCAUAGUCAACGCGAGCUUUGACGAGAAGUCGAAGGCCAAGUACAUUGCUUUGAAGAAGUCGAACCCCACCGAGCCGAUGCUGCUCGUGACUCAGCGCAAGGUCAUGGCCAAGGAUGUCAUUGAGCAGAAGGGCCACUUCGAUGGUCAGAUUAUGACAAAAGAGUCCGGCAUCAUCCUCCAAGACGUUUGUGUUCAGUUGGGGAAGACCGUUGUUAGCCGCCCAUUGAACUCUAAGUAUCGCCUCGAUAAGUACCCGGAUACUUUCAUGCCAUUCUACCUCUACGGAACUCCAAACGAAGCCAACAUUGAUCACGUCAUUACUCGUGCGCCGAACACGCAACUUUCCGCGGGCCGCUGCAAGCUCAAUUUCUACAAGAAGGUGGACGACUCGAUCUGGAAGAAACAUUUGGUCCUUCUCAUUGAGGAUGUUCGCGAGGCGCCCAUGCAGCCAUUCCCGUCGAACAUUGAAAUUGGUAGCAAGAAUGCUGCCAUCAUUCCCCAAGACGGUUUCUAUCGUGGGAACACUGCCAAAGAAGGUGAAAAGAACCCCGGGCCUCAGAACGAUAAGACCACUUCUUCCAAAGAAGGCUUCAAGAUUGGUGUUCCUGGGAUGUCUUUCUCAGUGUCAACCAAGGACAACAGUUCCCAGCCCAAAGGGUAUGGUUCCCAAGGCUAUGGCGCACAGGGCUAUGGCUCUCAGGGCUACGGAUCUCAAGGGUACGGUUCCGCGAAGGAUGCCGACUGCCGCGAUCGUGGCAACGGGAACGGGAGCAACAACAGCGGCGGGAAGGUAACCUCGAGCAACAGCAAACCAAGUGGCGGCAACGGAAACAACGCUUCCCAGAUUCACAAAGAGGAUGAGUCCAACAAGCCUCACACUUCGGCAAAGAUUGUCAACAGUGGAACGCGGAGUGGCGCCGCCAAAGGGUCCAACUUUUUCUUCCGGCCGGAUGCGACCUUCAAGGUUGGAGUUUGGGAAGACGGUGGCCGUUCUAAUGCCAGCUCCAAGUAUGCGAGCUUUGAACUGGGCAAUUUCGUUGGGCGAGGCGAACUCACUCUUGGGGAGAGCGUGUACGUGGACAGCGAGGCCAUGAACCUUGACCCCUUCAAGAAGGUCGAGAAGGUCGCUGAGUGGCGUCGGGAGUUUGACAAGAUUGGCAAGGAGUUGGACUAG